CUUCUGACAAUUCCAUUCAGUAAUCGCGGAGACACCGUCAAAGCAAGACAACUCUUUCAAGUGCGCCGCUUUUUAGCGCAGACAUAAACCAUGUCGCGCGUUUACCAGCCAUCCGACUAUGUGGUCGAGAAAUCACGAUUACCGUCCUUCGAAAAAUACAAAGAGAUGCAUAAAAAAUCCCUUGAAGACCCAGAGGCGUUUUGGUCGGAAAUAGCCAAAGAAUUUCACUGGCAAACCCCCUGCCAGCCGGGAAAAUUUCUUUCGUACAACUUCGAUAUCGACAAGGGGGAUAUUUUUGUUAAAUGGAUGGAAGGGGCUACGACAAAUGUUUGCUUUAACGUCCUAGAUCGUAACAUAAGAAAUGGUCAUGGGGAUAAAAUCGCUUAUUACUGGGAAGGUAACCAUCCUGAUGACUACAGUCGAAUCACAUACAAGAAGCUAUUGGAUUCUGUUUGUAUGUUUGCGAACGCUCUACGAGAGCUGGGGGUUCGCAAAGGAGACAGAGUAGCCAUCUACAUGCCCAUGAUUAUGGAGACGGUGAUUUGUAUGUUGGGCUGUGCAAGAAUCGGCGCAGUACAUUCUGUCGUAUUCGCUGGGUUUUCCUCGGAUUCACUAGCGGAGCGAAUGUCCGACUGCAAGGCGAAGGUCAUUGUUACCUCUGACGGGGCGUGGAGAGGAGAAAAAAAGUUGUUCUUGAAGAAUACUUGCGACGAAGCUAUCGAGAAAGCUAGAACUAAGCACAACCAUGAAGUCAACUUGUGCAUCGUCGUAUCCCAUUUGGGGAGAGUGAAGCCGGGUGCAAGAAUGAAUGUUUUAAAAAAACCGUACACUUGGAAUGACAACGUGGAUAUAUGGUGGCACGAGAUCAUGGAAGGUCAAUCACCCAUCUGCGCUCCCGAGUGGAUGAAUGCUGAGGACCCCUUGUUCAUGCUAUACACUAGCGGUUCCACGGGCAAGCCGAAGGGCGUUCUACACACCAUCGCUGGUUACAUGCUCUACGCGGCGACAACCUUCCGAUAUGUAUUCGAUUAUCGCGAGAAGGACAUCUAUUGGUGCACCGCUGACGUAGGCUGGAUCACGGGGCACACUUACGUCGUGUACGCGCCCCUUGCGAAUGCCGCUACGUCGCUUAUGUUCGAAGGUACACCUUUCUACCCAGAUAACGAUCGCUACUGGUUGUUGGUUAAGAAGUACAAGGUUACUCAAUUCUACACAGCACCCACCGCCAUUAGAGCUCUCAUGAAAUUUGGCGACGAGCUCGUCACCAAGAAAGAUUUAAAAACUUUGCGUGUGUUGGGGAGCGUUGGGGAGCCUAUCAACCCGGAAGCGUGGUUGUGGUUCUACAACCUAGUUGGUAAUAAACGUUGCUCCAUCGUGGAUACUUUCUGGCAGACUGAAACCGGUGGCCACGUACUUACCGGCCUGCCAGGCGCCUCGCCUAUGAAGCCGGGAGCUGCUGGGUUUCCAUUCUUCGGCGUGGAACCGACACUGCUUGACGAAAGCGGCAAAGUGAUCGAAGGGCCCGGCGAGGGCUACCUGGUCUUCUCGCGACCAUGGCCAGGCAUCAUGAGGACCCUCUUCGGUGACCACGCUCGUUACCAAAAGGUCUACUUCUCUAAAUUCAAAGGAUAUUAUUGCACAGGCGAUGGCGCCAGGCGUGACGAGGAUGGGUUCCUGUGGGUGACGGGACGUAUCGAUGACAUGCUGAAUGUGUCCGGUCAUCUGCUGUCUACUUCCGAGGUGGAAGGUGUCCUCACUGAAGAGCCCUCCGUGUCCGAAGCUGCUGUAGUCUCCAAGCCACAUCCCGUCAAAGGCGAGUCUCUGUACUGCUUCGUCAUCCUCAACGAGGGCGUCCAGUUCGGCCCCGAAUUGGUGGACGCUCUGAAGAAACGCGUGAGGAAUAGGAUCGGAGCCUUUGCAGCUCCGGAUGUCAUUCAAUACGCUCCCGGUCUGCCGAAAACCAGGUCCGGGAAGAUCAUGAGGAGAAUCCUAAGGAAGAUAGCGCUCGGUGACACCGACAUCGGCGACACGUCGACUUUGGCCGACCCGUCCGUCGUCGACGAGCUCUUUAAAAGCAGACCCUAGAUGUCCUUGAACAUCUUUUGACAAUUUACGUUCCUAUUUUAUGUUCUGGAUGUUUUGGACCGAGUCCGUACACUUUUUAAUGACAUUAGAUACUGCAUUGUUUGCGUAAGCCAUUCUAUACUGGUUUAAUAGCCAAAAAGUUAUAUUGCACAACUGUUGUAAUAAUAAGUAUUUGUUAGAAGCGUAUUUAAUCGACGUUAUUGUAUGUAGGAAAGUAAGCGUAUUUAUGUGAUUAUUUUUUAUUUUGUUUUUGUCGUCUCAAAAUGAUCUUCAAAGUAUUUUAAGUUUGAAGUAAGUUAGCGGGUGGUACAUUUUUUAUUUAAAUAAUAUUAUUUCCAUUCCAGUAACAGACUUUCAAAACGUUACAUUAUAGAGUUCACCAUUAAUGAAGGUUUCGUUUAAAUUGUUUAACAGAAGUUAUUUUAAAUAGGGAAACUAUAUAUAUUAACUCCUAACAUUUAAUUCACUUGCGUGUUAGAACUAUUGAGAUUAUUAGCCGACGAGGUUUUAUGAAUAUUUGCUUGUCUUUAUUGAACAUGGAAUAGACUUAUUGAGGCUCUUUAAAAUACAUUGUCGUAGAUUUAGAAAGUGCGUAGACACACCUCUUUGUACUGCACAAAUUAUGAGUAUCGAUUUUCAAUCACUGUUCAAUAAAAUAUAAUAUGUUUGGUAAAUUCUGUUGUUCAACAGAUCUGUUUUUGAAAAAGUAACGAGCAGAGCUGAUUUAUUUCUUUAUUGAGCUUAUUAUUUUAUUACGCCAUUUUAAGCCGGUUCCGUAAAUUAUAUGAUUACUUUUUGUUUAUAAUUAAGUAUUAUUUAAGACCUGUCUAUACGUUGCGAACUCUAUGACACCGAAAAUAAAUAACAACAAAAAAUCUUACAACAUGAACAGCUAGUAUUUGUAUAUUCCAAUGUUGAUGUUCAAAGUACACUAUUUAUUUGCAUUCGUCUGGAAAACACUUGUUACAAGUAACCGCUUUUUGUGUAACUUAGUUAUAUUAAAAUUAUAUUGUUACUAAAUAAAACUGUGUUUAUAUUUGAAAAAAUAAAUAAAUCGUCAGUGACUAAACUGAUACUUACUUAUUGACACCUAAAUAUAUUAAUAUAAACGUUCUGAAACUAGCAACAUUUAUGUUAAAAAUAAUUAAUUAAAAUCAUUUUAUGGCAAUCAAACAAUUCCCGACCUGUCGUUUGACGUUUUAAAUUUUUCUUUGUUAGUAAAGAUAAAUCAGCUCACCUCACAACUGUUUCUAUAAAUUCACCGUAGACUAAUGUGAGUGUCCGUAGUAAGGGCGUUGUAAUCUAAUUAAAUUAGAGAUUAGUUACGAAUUUAAAUGUGAUUGCAUGUUAAAACGAACAUAUCAUUAAAGGUGAUAUAUAUUCCAAA